AUGGCUUCAAAUGGUACAUCAUCAAAUUUUUCAACCAACACAACCCAAACAACAUCAAAAAAUAAAGAUGAUAUUCUAAGUGAGAUUCUAACAUGCGGUAUUUGUCUAUCGCGUAUGUCAUUACCUUGUUGUCUUCCAUGUGCACAUUCAUUUUGUCGUGGAUGUUUACUGGGCUAUGCGCAAAACAAUAAUAUGAAUACUUCAACUCCAAUAAAUUAUAUUCUUUGUCCAUUUUGUAAAUUUCAAUUAAAUUUUCGUUCAUUCGAACACUUUGAAUCUAUGCUAAUUAUUAAUCCAACGCUUAAACAAUUAUGUGAAGCACUCGAUACAUCCGUUUUAAAUUCUGAACAGUCUCAAUCUCAAACAAAUAGUCCAUAUAGGGCACGAUGCCAUGCAUGCUGUUUACUUAAAAUGCUUAAAGUUUGUAAACAUUGUUUUUUUAUGCUUUGUGAUAUAUGUCGACGAACACACUUACUUGAAGUACAUCGUGAAAGUAAAGCACACUUGGAUAUACUUGAAUCACGAUUAUAUUUAAUUAAUGAAAAACGUCUGCAAAUGGAUAAAAUCUCAUUAGAAUAUGAUAAUAUUAGAUGUCAAAUUAAUGCGUUUGUUGAAAGAUUGUUACAUGUGAUAGAAGAACAACGUGAUGAUGCAUUACGUAUAAUUGAUGAACGACAACAUUCAAAUGAUGAAGCUUUUUGGACACAAAAUGGAUUUGAUAAUGGUGAAAAGUUAGAUUUUUUUAUUUCAUUGCUUGAAAUUGGACAAAAAAGGUUGGCAGCAAAAAAUAUAACUGAUAAGGAACUCAUGGAUUUAUUUGAUAAUUUACAAACAAUACCUGAUAUCGAUGAAAAAGUAAUUGAAUCCAUGAAUUUUUCUCAGCUAUCUUUAGAACUUGAUGAAGCUUGUUCCAGAAAACAAUUUAUUCGUGUUUAUGAUACCGAUGUAUCACCAAUGAAAACGGCUAAUUUUGAUGAAACAACUAAUAAUAGUGAACAGCCAGAUUGUGUUGAAACAUAA